AUGAAAAACAAAAUCAAAAAAUAACCACCUCAAUAUGCCAUCAAAUUAACAAAAUUAAAUUAACCUCUUGAUUGCUAAUAUCUCAAAGUUCUCAAUCUUUAAGGAUUAUAAUUAUAAUAACUAGACAUUAAAGUGGAAAAUCUAUCUACUCUUAUUUUAGAUUUUAACAAUCUUAGAAAUUUAGACAUUACCUCAUAAUUCCCUAAUUUGAUUGCUUUAUCAAUAACAAAUAAUUUUAUAGAAGAAUUUGAUGUUCCUUCAAGUAUUGUACAUAAUAUUAUCAAGCUCUUAGGAUUUUAAACAUAUCGAGCAAUCAAAUAAAGAGUAUCCAUUUAAAAUCAUUAUAACAAUUAGAUGCUAGUUCCAAUUUGUUAUAAUUUAUUAAUUAAGAUUAUUAGAAUAAUCUAAUAUAGUUAAAAUUAGAUUGGUUGAGAAUUAUAAAUUAAAAUGAUGUCUGGGAACAUUUAACAAUUAAAUAAUUUGCAAAUUAAUAAUAAAUAACAUUUAGAUAAUUUUUAGAUAAAGCUAUUGAACUAUUAUUUUAAUAUGGAUAUAGAAAUGAGCACAAUUAUCUUAAUAAAAAAAUCAUUCAUACUACUAUUCAAUCUAAUGAUAAGUAUUAUUUUGAUUUAAUUUUACCUUACUAUCUAGAAAAUUGGCAUCAUUUUGAUAAUUCUGAAACUCCUUUAUGUUUAGCAAUUAAAAAACUUAAAAUGAAUUUUAUUGGAGAUUUAAUGAGCACCCUUUCUAUCAAAUAUGAAAUUGAUGCAUUUCAUGAAUCUAUUAAAUAAGGAUAAAUUUCUUUAGUUAAAUAAUUUCUUGAAUUAGGAAUAGAUUGUAAUGGUUAUAAUUAAAAAGGAUUAACUCCUCUUACUAAUGCAGUCUUGAAUAUUACUUAAGUAAAUAUGGAAAUGAUUAUUCAUUUACUAUUACAAAGUUAAGCUAACCCAAAUAAAUUAAAUUAAAAUGGAUAAUCCUUAAUAUAAAUGUGUAUUAUUAAGUCUAAUCUUACUGCACUUAGAUUCAUAGCAAAUAUAAAUUAAAAAAAAUAAACCAAAUUAAAAUUUAAAAUGAAUAUCAAAAAUAUUAAUGGAGAUUAUCCUCUACAUCUAGCUGUUAAUAGUGUUAGCAUCCUUACAUUUUUAAUCAAUAAUCAAAUUGGAAAUCCUUUAUAAGUAAAUUAUCAAAAUCUUACAGCUAAAUAAAUGCCAUUCUCUUAAAAUAGACCACUUAUUUAUAAAUUAUUACAAAAAGAAGAACGAAUUCAUAUUUCAAAAUAAUUAGCUAAAAAUGAUAUUAAAUUUCAAGUCUUAAACAAAUAUUAAAAUACUUAAAGAGAUUGUAAUAGUGAUAGUUCCUGUCCUGAACUUUCUGAUGAUGAAAUGCCAAACAAACCAAAAAUUAAUAGAAAACAAGUUACUCAAAUUGAUUAAUUAAGUGAAGAUGUUAGACAAUUAUCUGAAGAUGAUGAAUCUUAACAUAAUUGUAGUUCAGAAUCAGAAAUCUAAUAUCCAAAAGAUAAUUUAAAAUCUCUCAAAUUAGUUCAAUUAAAUUUUUAAAACUAUUAACUAUUUAAACUUAACUAAAAUGUACGAUAAAAAAGUAUAUUCAUUAAUAAAAUUAAUAAGAAAAGACUUAAUAAUGAUUAAUUUAAUUAUUAUUCAAGGAAAGGAUAACACUUUAAAGAUAAAAUUUAUUCUAUUGUUUGUUUAAGAUAAGAACUCCUUCUUUUAAGUUAGAUUAGAGAAUACUCUGAUUUAAUUUGUUCUGAUUAUGCUUCAUAUAUGAAUAAACUAAAUCAAACUAUAUUCAAUUUAGAAUCUGACUUUCAAAAUGAUUCCCUUAAAGAUUAUAUGAAUUUUUAAUAAGUUUAAUUUUUAAUAUGA